AUGGGUGACUGGCGUUUGGCUUUUCAGCUCAGAACCCUUGAUGCCCUGCAAGCUCAACUGCAGCGCCUGAAUAUUGAGCUGUUCAUCGUUGAUGCGCCUGAGUUUUCUGAUGUACCGGGCGCGCUGACUGACUUAUGUAAACGUUUGCGGGUCGAUGCACUCGAAACAAUUGAUGAAUAUCCGCUCAAUGAACGCCUUAGAGAUAACGCCGUAGAACAGGCGCUGCUUGAGAUAGGGGUGCAGGUCAACCGUCAUGUAGCGGAUGUUCUGGUUGAACCGGGUGUUCUGAAAACAGGUAGCGGUGGUCCGUAUACGGUUUUCACGCCUUUCUAUAAAAAAUGGAGAGAGCGCGCCGAAAACGCGGCUAAUCAGACGUGUGCUGUUCCUCAGCCACAAGCGCGUUUUGAGUUGCCCGUGGUUGAGCAGGAAAAUCAGGUGCCUGUAGAGGUAGACGGGGUAGAUCGUUCGCUUGGUGAAUCAUUGUGGCCCGCUGGGGAAGAGGUUGCACAACAGCUGUUGGACACCUUCAUCACAACCCGUGCAGAGCGCUAUCCUGACGAUCGUGAUCUGCCGAGUCUGGCAGGCACAAGUGGGCUGUCUGCACACCUGGCUGUUGGGUCAAUAUCAGCGCGGCAGUGUGUGUCUGCCGCGUUGCGGGCAUCCAUGCAUGAUACCCAGGCAGCAGACGGUUUGCAGAAGUGGGUGAGUGAGAUUGCCUGGCGGGAUUUCUAUCGCCAUAUCGUGGCCCAGUUUGAUCACGUUAAUAAAGGCGCGGCGUUCCGCAGAGAGAAAGACCAUCUGCCGUGGCGCCAUGCCCCGGAUGAAUUGCAGGCCUGGCAGCAAGGGGUUACCGGUUAUCCAUUGGUGGACGCGGCGAUGCGCCAGCUCAAUGAAACCGGCUGGAUGCACAAUCGUUUGCGGAUGAUCGCAGCGAUGUUUCUCACCAAGCACCUGCUGAUUGACUGGCGCGCAGGUGAAAGGUAUUUCAUGCACAAACUGGUCGACGGGGACUUUGCUUCGAAUAACGGCGGCUGGCAAUGGAGUGCAUCCACCGGUACAGAUGCGGCACCCUAUUUCCGUAUCUUCAACCCGACCUCCCAGGGUACAAAAUUUGAUCGGGGGGGCGCGUUCACUACCCAAUACGUACCAGAGCUGAGUGGAUUGGAUGCAAAAUACAUGUUCGAGCCACACAAAGCCGGUGUUACUUUUUAUCCUGCGCCGAUAGUGGAUCACCAGUUUGCGCGGGAGCGGGAUGAUUUUCCCAUUCAUCAGACGCCGGAACCGAUUGCGUAUACCGGCGCUGCGCGUAAUUUUUAUGACCGUUAUUUCUUUAACGGUUACCACUUACAUGAAGAUAUCUUUUUCGCAGCUGCGCUUGGUGUUUAUCCGUACGUUAACGUGAUGGAUGCCGCGUUCAGCUUAAUCAUUGAUGGUGUUCAGCAUAACCUGAUUGCGUCACGGGUUCUUAAUAUGGAACGUAUGGACACUCAGGUCGGACCCAUUUCGGUGCAGGUUUUAGAGCCUCUGCAGAAAUUGCGUUUGCAGAUAGACGACACUGCCCGCGGGUUGCGCGCUGAUCUGACCUUUACCGGCCGUAUAGCCGCGCAGGAGGAACCGCGGUUUACGCGUCGUGUCGGUAGUGCGCUAACGAUGGACUCUACCCGCUUGACCCAGAACGGCAGCUGGCAGGGUUGGAUCGAACACAAAGGCCGGCGUACUGAGGUGACACCUGAACUAUGGCUUGGUACGCGGGACAGGUCCUGGGGGGUGCGCAAUAUUGGCGCUGCGGAUUCUCAGCCUAAUCCUAUGGCACCAGAGCACUUUCAGUUUUACUGGCUCUGGGCGCCCAUUAACUGGGAGGAUGGUGUCAGCCUCUAUCACUUGAAUGACGAUGAGUUGGGUCGACCGUGGAAUACCAACGGUGUGUUUGUGCCAACGGGUGAAGGGGCAGUGACGGAACAGAUGGUUCAGGUCAGUUCGCUGAUAGACUUCAAGCCCGGUACCCGUCAUGCGCGCGCUGCAAAAAUCAGGUUUACCCGCCAUCAGGCAGGAGAAAUUGAAAUCAGCAUGACACCCCGGUAUCACUGGUACAUGAAAGGCGUCGGUUAUGGGCAUCCAGAGUUUGGUCACGGGACUUACCAUGGCGAGUUUGACAGCACCUAUGAAGAAUAUGCGCUGUGUGACGUAGAUGAUGCCACUAAUCUGCACAUACAGGCGAUCUGUGACGUACACAUGACCGGUGAUCUGGGUGAAAAGAAAGGACCUCAUGGAUAUGGCGCCGUGAGCGAUAACAGUGGUCCGUUAGCCAUUUAUGCCGCUGACCUGUUUGCGGGUAAAUGUGUGCUGGUCACCGGUGGCGGUCGCGGUAUUGGUCGCGAAAUUGCAUUGGCAUUUGCCCGGUUGGGUGCAGAUUGUGUGAUUGCCAGUCGGAACAUGGAAAACCUGGCGCCGACUGCUGCCGAGAUUGAAAAGCUGGGCAGGCGUUGCCUGGCUUUACCGGUAAACAUCCGCGAUCCACAAGCCGUCACCGAGAUGGUUGAUGAAGCGAUCCAGACCAUGGGUAAAAUCGAUUUCCUCAUCAACAACGCAGGUGGACAAUUUCCUGCCAAUCCACUGGAUAUUUCCGAUAACGGCUGGCGCGCGGUGGUGGACCUGAACCUCAACGGUACCUGGAAUGUCACCAACCGGGUAGGCAAACAUAUGGUAGCCAACAAUUUUGGCGCCAUCGUUAACAUCGUGCAUAUUUAUUCGUACGGCCGCGGCGCUCCAGACUUUCCUCAUUCAGGCGCCGCUCGUGCCGGGGUGGUCAAUUUGGCGAAAAGCCUGGCGUUUCAUUGGGCGCGGCACAAUGUGACCAUUAACAGUGUGGCGCCUGGCACCAUCAACACAGCGGGGGUGCGGGAAGAAGAGUUUGCCGCUUCGGAUAAAACGGAUUACGAAUCCCUGGCUACGGCGCAGAUUCCGGCGAAGCGAUUAGGCGAAGCUGACGAAACUGCAGCGUUGUGUGUGUUUCUGUGUUCACCUGCUGCAAGGAGAGCUGUGAUGCGUUAUGUCAUUUGCCUGGCGCUGGGUUUGGUUGGGGGCUUUGUUGGCAGCUAUUUGUUUGAGUUGCAAAGAACAUCACCAGAGCUGACCAUUCUGUCUACGCCGGAACAGGAUGCAUUGAAUCUGCCUUUUGCUGAAGGCGUCCAGCUUGGCGAUGUUAUCUAUCUCUCGGGACAGUUGGGUGUCAAACCCGGUACGCUGGACGUGGUGCCUGGUGGUAUCGGCCCACAGACGCGGCAGACGUUGGAAAACAUUAAAGCCUCCCUGCAACGUUAUGGGUCCAGCAUGGACCAGGUGCUUAAAUGUACUGUGUUCAUGGCGGACAUGGCCGACUGGCCAGCCAUGAAUGUGGUUUAUCAGGAGAUGUUUGCCGGGCAUCGUCCGGCCCGUAGUGCCUUGGGUGCUGGCGGUCUCGCUCUGGGUGCUGAGUUAGAAAUCGAGUGUAUUGCGCGCAGUAAAGGCAUUUUUGUCGGUGGCGCAUCUGGUAUGUGUCGCGCAACAGCGGCCAAAUUUGCAGAGAAAGGUGGCCAGGUUGCAAUCUUGGACUUAGAAAAAUCAGACGGUGCUGCAGUUGCUGCAGAACUGGGCGGUACGUUCAUGCCUUGUAAUGUCAUGGACUAUGACGGCAUGGCCGAUGUGAUGGGUGAAGCGGUCAAGGCUCUGGGCGGUCUGCAUUUCAUGGUUAACACCGCAGGCGGCGCGGUGGCGCAACGCACCAUCAAAAAAGACGGUUCACGACAUUCCCUGGAUGACUUCCGUCGCAUAGUUGAUCUGAACCUGAUUGGCUCCUUCAAUAUCAAUACCAUCGCAGCGGAGCAUAUGGCUAAAAACGAGCCUAACGAAACCGGUGAGCGUGGCGUGAUGUUGAACACCGCAUCCAUUGCUGCGUUUGAAGGGCAGAUUGGUCAGGUAUUCGUUGUAUGA